GAUGAACAGUCCGCGGCAUGAUAUAUGAGGUUGGAUCUUGAUCUGAUUGUCAGGAAAUAAAAUGACUGAUGAAAACAUUUUUUUUCAGGCACCUGUUAAAAGGCGGCCCCAUGCUAGCUACAAUGCCUCAUCCGGUUCGAGUUUUUCUGCAUGCAUCAAGGCGACGGCAACCACUUACGCGCGUGUCUCGGAUCACGGGAGUGCGAAUUUCUGGGGUCGACAUCUACACCAAUUCCUACAACGGCGUAGAUUAUAUAGAGAGAUUUUCUUGUAGUCCUACUCCGAGUCUUUCUCGUUCCCUCUUCUCUACUUCCGUUUAUAUAUACCCUCACCGGGCUCAAAUCAACGCAUAGAAAUAUUUCGCACUCCCGUAGUUUUGCACAGAGCGGCCUUACCAGAAACGGGAGGGGGUGACCACGCUCAGUGACGUAGUCGCAUCCUACAUUUACAUGUUCUAUCUAAAUUGCCGAGAGCAGUUUGUAGUCACAACAAUGGAUGCUAAUCCACCCAAGAAGAAGAGGAAGAUCUGUACUGACGAGACAGCGGCGGCGCUGUCACUUCCCGAUGCCGUCGUUCUCGAUAUUCUGGAGAGGCUGCCCACCGACGAUGUCCUCCGGUUUCGCCACGUAUGCAGAGCCUGGCGCGCCACGGUCGGCCGCGACCCCGCCUUCGCCCGCGCGCACCUGCAGCGCUGGCGGGCGGAGAUGCCCGUGGUCUCGCCGUGCAGCCCCGGGUCGGGCCCAUUCCUCAAGAUAUACCGGUACCGUGAGUCCGGCGAGUGCGGCGGGCCCGUGUCACGGGUCCAGCUCCGCUCCCCGCGGAGCUUCGACCGCAGCAUCGUGCACUGCGACGGCGUCCUCCUCGUCUGCAGCGCCGCGGAGCUGCUCGCGUGGAACCCGGCCACCGGCGAGUCGGCGCGGCUCCCGCGCGGCGCGCCCAGCUGCAGCGGCGCCGGCAUCGACCGCCUCGGCUUCUGCUACGACGCGGCCGCGCGCGCGCUCAAGGCGGUCCGCUACUACUACCGCGUCCACGACGUCCAGGCCGGGGCGUACAGCAUCGGCGUCGAGGUCCUCGCGCUGGGGCAGGGCCAGGGCCCGCCCUCGUGGCGCCCUGCCGCCCGUGAUCCGCCGUGCCCGAUCUACGGCACGCCCCCCGCGUCCGUCGGCAGCACGGUGUACUGGGUCAUCGACGACCGCUUCCUCGACGGCGCCGGCGCCGGCCCCAAGUCGCAGGCCCAGCCCGGAGCGUCCACCCUCCUCUCCUUCGACGUGACGAGCGGCGAGUACAGCGUUGUCGACGGUCCCCCGUGCCGGUGGAGGUGCCAGGACGUGGCGCUGGGCAACGUGGGCGGCGCGCUGUGCGUCGUCGCGACGUGGAAGAGCUUGCUAGGCACGGUGUGGCUGCGCACGGCGGCGGGGACGUGGACGCAGGUCCUCGGGUUGGACACGGAGUACAUAUUGGCGCGUGUGGUGCCGGUGGGGAUGUGCGCGAGCACAGGGGAGAUGCUGCUGCUCGCGGGCCGGUCCAUGCACCACUGCUGCAUCGCCGGCACCGGAAAGGCGCGCGUGGUGGUCGACGUUAGAGGGCAGCUGAAGAACUGCGGACGUAAUUCUGCGCGCAGUGGAGUGAUCGCCAAGACGCUCGUGUUCAUGUACACGCCGUCGCUCAUAAAGAUCGCUGGUUGAUUGAAAGCUGGAUUUCAGCCGGAUCUUUGUAGGUGUAUAGGCCAAACUAGCCAUGCCCGCGCGACUGUAUGCCG